AUGCCGUGGGCCACUCCCGAGCAGCUCGAGUAUAUGAGUACGAAGGUUCUAGCUUACCACGCCACGGUGAAGGGGACAGCUGAGCGUAGAAAGUUCAACGCGGAGGUUCGUCAAGGUUGGUCGGAACGGUGGCCUUUAUUGGACCAACAUAUCAGGAUGUUUUCCUCGUAUUUCCGCGAGCAAUUGAUCAAACGGGGCCUCGUCCCAAGGCCUAAGCGCAAGCCAGCGCCCAAGAAGCCAAAUCAGCCGAAGGCUGCUCCAUCGACCCCCCCCGAUGCCCCUGCUCGUCCUCCUCUCGCUUGGACAUCUCACCAUCAAGACACACGCUCACUGGAGCCGACCUCGGAGCUGAUAUUGGCGACUCGUUCCCCCGUCGCUUCGACAUCAUUCAGGGAGGAUCCGCGCCCCGUCGAGGACCUCAUUCUCGGUCUCUCGAUCACCCCGCGAGUGACCCCGCCUUUAGCUUCCUCACUGCACCCUCCUUACUCCCGCUCGUCGACAGUCUCAGUUGAGAGACUUCUUUUACAAGAUGUAGUGAGCUCGCCCCCACCGGAUGGUAGAGAGAGACGGCACGAUGAAACGAUAGCCCCUCUUCCUCGGCAGGUACGGCAGCGAGCUGCGACGCGGUCCCUCCGCUUCCAACUCAACCUACCGGGAAUUGAGCACGACGAUGUACGUCUUUUCGUACAAGACCAACGGCUGGUUGUUUGCGCGCAUAACUCAAGCGUAUCGUACGAGUGGGAGAUGGGCCUUGGUGGCAAUAUCUUGCCGGACCGCGUCCACGGCGGGAUCGUCUCGGGAGAUCUACGCCUCGCUGUCACCGUCGAAGAAGCCGUGGUCGCCGAUGUCGAUCACUGGGUGUUCACGAUCACCAAUCACGCUCUCCACCCUCUAUCUCACGGCCAGUCACAUUCGUUGAGAGUCAGCUCAUUCGGGUUGCAUACGCCGUUCGAAGUCCCCCGACUCAACUGGGCUUUGAAGUCCUUGAAGUCCUCGUGCACGCUCUUCGAAUUCGUCGGUUGGGAGACCACUCGGCUCACGGAGACAGACGACGUGUGCGAUGUCCACAGUCAACCGCUGGAGCAACUCGCUCGCUCGCACGCACAUCCCUGGCCCUUGCACUUGUUGGGUCUCGCGGGUUUAUACGCCUUCGCUACAGCUACUGACCCUAGCUUAAAGCCCGUAAUUCCACGAUCCCGCGCAGAUGAGCUACUGUAA